AUGGUCAAAGAUAUGGAAUACUAUGAUGUGUUGGGAAUCCAACCAGAUGCCACCCCGGCUGAAAUUAAAAAAGCAUACCGUCGUAAGGCUAUGCAAACACAUCCUGAUAAACACCCAGAUGAUCCAGAUGCUCAAUCGAAGUUCCAAGCCGUUGGUGAGGCAUAUCAAGUAUUAAGUGAUCCACAACUAAAAUCUCGAUAUGAUCAAUUUGGUAAAGAUGAUGCUGUCCCACAAGCAGGUUUUGAAGAUGCUGAAGAAUAUUUUACUGUCAUUUUUGGUGGGGAAGGCUUCAGAGAUUGGAUAGGAGAAUUCUCGUUAUUCAAGCAAAUGGGUGAUGUAGAUGAGAUGGGACUAGAUGAAACCUUAAAUGAUUCAAGUGAAAGUGGGAAUAAUACUCCAAAUGGUAACGCUACUGGGGAUAUUACCAAACAUAAUGGUAAGACAUCUUCAACUGAUCAAAAGGCAAAAUUAUCCAAAGAACAAAAGGAGAAAUUAAUGGAAAUGGAGAAAAAAAGACGUGAAGAUAUGGCAAAACAAGUUAAUGAACUAACCAAAAAAUUGAACGAUAAGAUUUCAGAUUAUUUACUUGCAGUUAAAGGUGGUCAUUUAAAAGAAUUUACAACAAAAUUAAAUCAAGAAAUAGAAGAAUUAAAAUUAGAAAGUUUUGGUUUAGAAUUAUUAUACUUAAUUGCAAGAGUUUAUAAAACUAGAGCAAGUAACUUCAUUAUGUCUAAAAAGACUCAUGGUUUUUCCAAAUUGUUUACUGGUGCUCGUGAAAAUGCCAGAUCGGUCAAGGCCACGUAUAAUUUACUUUCCACUGGUCUUGAAGCUCAAAAGGCAAUGGAACAAAUGAGUGAUGUGGAUACUGAUAAAUUAGAUGAUAUAGAAAGGGUAAAAUUUGAAAAUGAAAUGGCAGGUAAAGCUUUAGGUGUUAUGUGGGCAAUGUCAAAAUUCGAAUUGGAAAAAAAAUUAAAAGAGGUUUGUAAUAAAAUUUUGACUGAUAAAUCUGUUCCAUCGAAAGAGCGUGUUGCAAAAGCAAAAGCCAUGAUUUUCUUAGCUGAUAGAUUCGCAAGUGCUAAAAGAUCGCCAGAAGAAGCAGAAGAAGCAAGGGUAUUCGAAGAGUUGAUCUUGGGUGAACAAGAGAAAUCUAAGAAAAAGCCUCGCAGAUGA